AUGAUCCUUUCGUGCCGUUACCUCUUCCGCAUACUGUCUGCGGUGGUAAUGGUGGCAUGUAUGUUUUUAAUAUGGCACCAUAUCUUCAAAAUACCCAGCCAGGAGAUUGGCUUCCCACCUGGGCCCCAGAAACCUCUUGACAUUAGUGAAUACGAGGAAGGCGUUGCCGUCGCUUUCUUCGCGGCCAUCGACUCACCACAUCACAAGAAUUGUCACCUCUUCCGAGACCGAUUCCCCUAUAAGCCGGAUCGAGAUGGAGACAUGGACAUUGCAUUUACCAUAACAGUUCACAACGAUGUGCGGCAGAUAGCUCGAGUCUUACGAAUGAUUUACCGAGUGAACAAUUACUAUUGCGUGAACUUGGACAAAACGGUCGAUUUGGCAUUCGAAGGAGCAAUGCUGGGUCUUGUUUCAUGUUUUGGUCCAAAUGUUGAGUUAGUUCCAAGGAAAUCUCGUGUUACUUUUACGAAAGGCGAUGAAAGUGGUUUGCGAAUUCAACUCAUCUGCGCUGAACAGGCCUUGAAACACGAUGGAAAGUGGAAAUACUUGCUAAAUAUUGAUGACAACGCAUUCCCUCUGCGGACGAAUUUAGAGAUUGUAGCCAUCUUGAAAGCUCUUAAUGGAUCCAAUCUGGUUGAGUCAUUUCCAAUUAAUCGAUUCAGAGGGAGAAUUGGAAAUAGGAGUUUGCCCUUAAACGUAAGCCACUAUGCCACUUGGUACAAGGGCUCAGUGCAUGGGGCUUACAGACGGGAAUUUCUGCAGGAAGCAGUUUUGGGCAAAGCCCUGGCUCCAAUUCGCGAUCUCCUGCUCCAACAUCAAAUCUUUCUUGCCCCUGAAGAGCUCUUUUUCCCCACUCUAGCCUACAAUUCUCAUUUGCGUUUACCUGGAGCUUGCUUGGUGGCUCCAAGCCCUCCUAGUGAAGUGAACCUCGGUUACCUUGGCAAAUUCAUCAUCUGGGGCGAUUACGGCAUCAGAUGCACCACCAAAUAUGUGGAUUUCGUGUGUAUUCUUGGAAAUGAGCACUUACCGAUGCUGCGAUUGGCUUCCCAUCUCUUCGCAUGCAAAUUUCUACCAGACUACGAGCCAGAAGCCUACACAGGCCUGGAGGUGUGGUACUUUGAUCGAAUCAAAGCUGAAUUGGAGGCUGGAAUUUUUUCGAACCCCACAUUUGAUACAUCAAUCUAUGCUACUCGCUCAUGUUCACAGCACCACGUCUAA